AUGCCCGAGAUUUUCCUUAUGGCUCAUAUUAAAUUUCCUAUUGACUACCCAUACUCACCACCUACCUUCAGAUUCUUGACCAAAAUGUGGCACCCCAACAUUUAUGAGAAUGGAGAUGUAUGCAUUUCAAUUCUUCAUCCACCUGUAGAUGACCCACAGAGCGGAGAACUGCCCUCUGAAAGGUGGAAUCCUACUCAGAAUGUAAGGACUAUCCUGUUAAGUGUAAUCUCACUGCUUAAUGAGCCCAACACCUUCUCCCCAGCCAAUGUGGAUGCUUCAGUUAUGUUCAGGAAAUGGAGGGACAGUAAAGGAAAAGACAAAGAGUAUGCUGAAAUCAUUAGGAAACAGGUUUCAGCCACCAAGGCAGAAGCAGAAAAGGAUGGAGUGAAGGUCCCCACAACCUUGGCGGAAUACUGCAUCAAAACUAAAGUGCCUUCCAAUGACAACAGCUCAGAUUUGCUUUAUGACGACUUGUAUGAUGACGACAUUGAUGAUGAGGACGAGGAGGAAGAAGAUGCCGACUGUUAUGAUGACGAUGAUUCUGGGAAUGAGGAAUCGUGACGCGCUCCUUUGAAGCCCCUGUACUGCCCUGCCAUCUCAGGCCAAAGGGAGGGGAGCAAGUGGGGACCUAGCAGUGGCCCCACAGCAAAAACCUAUUCACAGGGGGUGGGAAAAAGAAACACGACUCCUGCUGGCUCCCCUUAAGGAUCUCAGUUUGCUCCUUUUUAUGGACCUCUUAAUGGAGAAAAAGUAACCCUCCACAGAAUGUCUGAAUACUUGCAUUCUUUACCCCUCCAUCACUGUAUUGAUUCUUUUUUUAAAAAACAAAACAAAACAAAAAAAAAAUUGACCCAAGCUCCCGCCUCACUUCGUCUCUACAAAGUGUUCACAGCAAAACACGUUUGGUUUGUUUUUAGAUUCUUGAAUUAGUCUUUCAUCAAGACGUUUGAUGUAUUUAAAGCUGGAAACCCAUUGGGAGUUCACAAGUGCUGCAUAUACUGGGUAGGAAAAAAAAAAAGCCACAAAACAAAACAAAACUUAGUUAAAAAAAAAAAGUCUGCCAAGGUUUAUUAGCUGCUCAUUCACAGCAUUAGUGUGUAAGCAUUCGUUUAGCCCGUGGUGGCCAGUUUCCUUUCUGCUCCAUUAGCACUGGAGUGCACUGGGAUUCAGGGACUUUGUUAAGCCUGUGGGCCCCAAGCUUGUCUCAGCCUCCCUGACAUCACCUGAACACGGGGGCCUUGGGGCCUCAGCUACUUUGAGAGAAAUCAAUUUGUCUUUGGAAUUAAUUGGGAUCUAAAGCUAAAAAUAAAUAUUCAUACUUUACAUAGAAUUGAGCACUUGGUUGCUAUUUAUUUUAAAGGCAAGGUUGUUCUCUCUUCCCAUUCUCCUCUCCCCCCAACCCGUUUUGCAGGGAGUGGAGGUGUGUGUAUGUGUGUGUUUUGUUUGUAUUUUCAUUGCUGAGAACAAAGAGUUAAAAAUCACCAUGCCGUUUUUGGUUGAUGCUGCUGGGGGAAAAUUGGAACUGCAAGUGACCACUGUCGAGAGAGGAUGCCCCUGUCCUGUGUUCUUCCCAUCACUGACCGGGGUGGUUCUGUAAGUAGCCAGUUGGAAUUGCUAAGUAUUAACCCUAAGUGCGCGUGUUAAGGUUUGGUUUUCAUGGAGCUGCCUUUACCCACAGUGAUGCAUGUGGAUGUGUGAAAGACUAGAAUGACCUGCUUUCGUUCUCACUUGAUGUGACGGACUUCUUCCAUUGUGCUUUGACUGUGGCACGCAGGCAGAUGUGCACGGAGCCCACCCUGGACUGCUGCUUCGGCUCUCCAGGCAGGGCGUCAAGUGCAGGUGGAGACAUCGUCCUGCCACACAGCCCUGCAGCGCCAAUUUCUAGACCUCAAUCUUGUUGCUUCAGUCAAAACUUGAGAUCUAGCAGCUGUUCCCAGCCAGCGACUUCAGAACUUGAGGGUUUUUUAAUUUCUUACGGAGGGUAGAGGAGGCCAUAGAGCAGGAUUAUGUUGGUGGGGAAAACCUCGAGAAGGUAAGAGAAUCACAGAUGUUGGAAGGAAAAUACAACAAGACCAGAUCCCAUGCACUCGUGUCAACAGGUGUUUCCAAUCAUAUAGCUCAGAAAGAACUAAAGGGCUGCACCGGGCAGGGGUGCAAUGGAGGAUUCCAGGAUGUUCACUUGUUCAGCUCCUCCUUCCUUUCUGAUCUCAGGGUUUUCAUUCGCUCUUCAAAUGCUCCGCGUAUUUGCUGACCACUCCCCAGGAACCUUUCUGACCUCCCACGUUCGUCUGAUACUAAGUAGGCAGUUGAACAAGGAAAAGUUCCUGUCGGACAUUGGUGAAUCUGGUCCUGUAAGCUUUAUGUCCAGUCCCUGUGAGGGGCCAGGGCUGUUACUGGCACCCUGGAAUCUAGUGAAUCCAGACAGGUUUUAGGGAACAAAAGUGGUCUGAUUUCAGAAGUAGCUCUUUCCUCCAUAUUUCCUUAGUGCUGUAUCCAGAUAACCGGCAGACCCUCUGCAGUCUCUACCAGUGCCCUGAUCCCACCAACUCCCACCUCAGUGUACAUACACAGCCAGCUGCUCGCUUGUACUCUUGGAGCUCAACGCUAGGCUUGCCUUUUCUCAGGCACCUUGGCGGCAUGGGAGCUUGCUGUGCUGCUCAGUCCUUUCCCGUUAGGUCCUGUUGGCCUCUGUUGUGCAUUGACUCAGGGAGCCAGAGAGCCAGGCCAGAGGUUUUGCCUCACAGCCCUUUGCAUGUUACUGUAGAGGGCCGGUCCACCUCUGAUGAAGAGUACAAUCAGUUCCAGAAAAGACAAGAGCCUGGCAGCAAGUAGACGUUCUGGCAGCCUAGGCUAGUCCAAUCCAAGAGCUGUCCCCGAGCUCAUCACCUGUCGUGGGAAUAACUUUGUCAUUUUCUUUCGGGGAGUCGAGGUCUCAGGUUCAGGCCAGAACCUUGUGGGUAUAGCUGUGCUGAUGCUGGUGGCAUGAACUCAGACUCUGCCUUUUCAGUAGACUGCCUCAGGUUCUAGAAGGAGGCCUCUGGCAGCUUCUCAGUUGUGUGUGUGGAAGCCAGUAGACAAUUGAUUCCAUAGUUGCUCCUCUCAAAGUCACCCUAUCCCACCUCCUUCCAAUUGCUAUCAUUCCAGAGUUCUGUUCUGCUAGCCAAACUCUUUUGUAGUUCUUCCAGUCCCCCUUCCUGGUAAUUACUUGCUGGUUUCUUUUUGUUUGGGACUUAAGAGAUGGAAGUGGGAAAAAUGAGUCCUCCGCUAAAGUUUUAACUUUCCAGCUCCACCUCCCCCCCCAAUCCUAAUAAACAAGGUUUACAUUUACAACUAAAAAGAUUCAGAUGCAAUUUUCAACUGAAACCAGCAAGGACACACCUGACUUUUAAACAGUUUUCUUAGUUGAAACUGUAGAUGUUUUUCUUCAGUAUAAUUUAUGGGAAAGGAUUAUCUGAUGCAUUUUGUGUUGACUUCCCUUUUAGUGCUUAAUUUUGUGUUUUUCCUACCCAUCUGUCUACUAAUAAAAUGUGAAAUAAAAUGUAUCUGUAUUGCUACUUC